AACGGAUUUCUCUUCUUCUUCCUUCUUCUUCCAUUCUCUCUCUCUCUCUUUCACUGCUUCUCCUCUCCGAGCAACGAGAGCACGCGCCGACGUUCAAUCCUCCUCGCCGCCAGCCCAGCCGGUUUCACCGAGCGAUCCACCGGUGUAGCAACGAAAAAUAAGGCAAAGAAAGAAAAAAAAAAUAGCCCCGCGAGGGGCCCACUACAGACUCGCAGGAAAAGGACGACACCAGCCGAGGAAGGCAAGCCCUCCCGACGCGACGAGAGAGACCGCCGGCCGAAGUGCAUCACGCCGACGGGCGCGGAUAGUCGUCGCCGUCGCGCCCACCCCUGAUAUCCCGGCGUGUGCCUACCCAGUCACCUACGCUUGGGCGGAUAACCGGCGUCGCCACACUGAACCGAAGUAGUCCGUUUGUGGGGUGCCUGCUCCCGACAUUGCCGCGACACUUGUGGUGCGCGCGCAUGAGAGUGCAAGAAGAAAGCUCUCCUAAACAACAAGUCAUAGUUGUUUGAUCCUCUUCGCGCCUACCUUCGGGGUAAUCGACGCUAUUCGUGGGAAAACGAAAACAGCAAGUGUGCGUGUUGAGUGUUGUUUGUGUGCACGAUUGAAAGGUGGGAGUACUUCUCGUCUACCGGAUCGUGCUGUUCCCUACGAAGGUAGCGUGUCGAAUCGCACGUGUCUUUGUGCCGCGUCGUGUUCGAGUUCAGUCGCGCGCGUUGGCGCGCGCGCUCCGGCGUCUCCGCUGUCAAGGACGCCGAGGGCUUCGUUCCGCUCGAGGGAAGCGCGGGACACUGCCACGACGCGAGGAUGCUGUCACAGUGAACGACGCGCAGGAUACUCAAGGCUUUAGCCUGGACAUCAAUUUCCAUUACAGUGCCAAGCAUAGAUUGGGUGCUGCCGACAUCUCGGCCGCCGAAGUCUAUCGACCCACACACGCCCAGGAAUGAUGACAAGGUUAGAGAUGCCGCGAUUACCCUUCCUGAUGUUCCUGCUGUUUGAUGUCUUGACAACAGCGACCACAGGUCAAGGUGUGCCAUUCACCACCACCACACCCACAACCACCCUCGCCACAGCUGCCUCCAGCACAGAGGUACCGACGACAACGAGAACGCUAGCGUCGCAGACAACAGUAACGUCGACGACGACGACAACACCGACGCCGCCCACAACGCCGCCGCCGCCGCCGACGACGACGACCUACCAGUCGUCCUCGUCGCCUUUCGCGCCCGAGUUCACGACGGCCGAGGCAUCGGCAAGAGCGAUCACUUCUUCGGCGUCGGCGGUGCCAUGGUGUCUCAGGGAGCACGUGUCCUACGAGCGCCUGUCGGGUUACAAGGUUGCCGACAUGCUCGCCGGACAGCGGACACUACCGGAGCCCACGCAGCCGGCACCUCCUUCGACAGCCGAGGAAUGCUACCUGCGCUGUCUGGACGACGACCGAUGUCGCGGCUACAGCGUCAACCACGUGCGUCAGGUGUGCGCGCUCACAUGGUUCGACGUGGUCAACAAGUCCGACUACCUGCUGGCUGACCCAAACUGGAGCUUCCACCGCAAGAUCUGCCUGCCCGAGCGGCCUUGCCUGAGGCACUGGUCCUUCGAGCGAGUGCCGCAGUUCCAUCUGGUCGGCUUCGAGGACAAGGUGGUGUCCGCGGUGUCCGACCAGGACGGCUGCCUGCAGAUGUGCGCCUCGGAGACGGGUUUCGUGUGCCGCUCGACCCGCUAUGAGCCGGCCAGGCAGCGCUGCGUGCUCAGCAGGCACGACCGCCGCACUGCGGCAGAGUCCUUCCGCAGGACAGCGCCGGAAGACGGCAACGCGGCGGACGUGCUCUACAGCGAGAACCAGUGCGUCUCUGAACCACCGCGGUGUAACUUCCGUCCCCUACGCGGUCGCUCCCUGAGCCGGGGUCACGUGUUCGUCGACGAAGAGGCGACGUCGCACUCCCUGUGCCAGGAGGCGUGCGUCAACCACACGGACUUCGUGUGUCGCAGCUUCGUGUACGACCAGUCCCGCCGCCUCUGCCUGCUCAGCCCCGACGACAGCUACAGCGGCGGCGCCGCGGGCCCCCACCCGGAGGACAGGGCGGCGUCCGACGGCGAAGAGGAUACCACGCUGCUCUUCGAGAAAGGAUCGUGCAUUGACGUGGAAAUGCGCUGCGAGGCCACCGCCAUGACGGCCAUCAUCCAGGUGACGUCAUCGUUCCGCGGCCGCGUUUACGCCGUGGGCCACCCGCACCAAUGUUUCUCGUCUUCCGUCACCGACACGGGUCACGUGGCGCUGACGGUUCCUCUGCACGGACGGCAGUGCGGCACCAAGAACCUGGGCAACGGGACAUUCCUGAACAGCAUCGUCGUGCAGCAUCAUCCGUACGUGCUGCAGAGCUCCGACAGGCGGAUCGACAUCUCCUGCGACUACGAGGAAGUGGAGCGCAAGCUGAGAGGCGGCAAGCAGGUCCUCGAAGGGGACCUGCAAAGUCUGACGCAAGUCAUCACGGGACUGGCUCCUACGCCUCCCGUUCGACUGAGGGUCGUGAACGCGUCCGGAGAUGAGGUCGCCGGCGUCGACCUCGGAGAUCCGCUCUACCUGAAGGUCGACAUGGAGGACGAAUCUGUAUUUGGGAUCUUCGGCAGCUCUCUGACUGCACGCAGUGGCGAAGGCUCGGAAACCAUACUGCUCCUUGACGACAAAGGCUGCCCUGUAGAGCCCGCGGUCUUCCAGGGAUUCGAGCGAGCUCCGGGAUCUAAGUCGCUCAUGGCCCCGUUCCAGGCGUUCCGAUUUGCAUCAGACAGCACGGUGAAGUUCCAGAUGACCGUGUCCUUCUGCCUGGACGUCUGCCCACCGCCCAAAUGUCCAGGCGGAGGCGGCACGGAAGACCAGCAGCAAAUGCAGCACCAGCAGCACCUGUCCACCGAAAGCCGCGCUGGCCGCAGGCGGCGCUCGGCCAGCGCCGCCGACACGCACGCGCUCGACCUCCAGACGGGUGACGUGGUCACUGACGUCACCAUGGAGACUGCGCUCUUCGUCGUCCACAACCUGACGCCGUCGCCGCAGGCCUCCUCAGACGUGAAGCAUGCUGGGAGAGACGCCAGAGGAGUCUCCCAGAACAGGAUGCCUCACGACGCCGUGUGCCUGACGCGGCCCGUGGUGUACACGCUGGCGAGCCUCAUCGGCGUCGUGCAGGCGCUCAUCCUCGGCUCCUGCUGCAUGCUGCUCUUCGUCAACCGGAAGUGGCGACUUACGCGGAAACGCCUGGCCGCCAUGCACGCCUCAAGCAGCCGCGCUUCCGUCUCCAGCAAGUCGGAACUCUUCCUCAGGACGUAGUAGCGGCCACUCGUCACUCCCCAAACUUUCAUCCGGUUCCCACCCCCCUUCAGUCCCCUCACAGACGGGCUUUUCUUUUUGCGACCGUUGUCACAAAGCGUGGUAAAACGUGCGAUAGCCCAGAGGGGAGGAGGGGAAAUCCUGCCAUUUUUGGGGAAGGGGAAAAGAAAAAGGGACACAGCUGGCCUUGUUUGAGUCGGCUGUUAUACAUGUGCAUGCCCCAGAAACGAGAUGGUGACGCCGCCUGUCGGCAACCGAGGGAAGCUCGAAGUGAGGCAUGUGUUGCACAAAACAAUGUUAGUUCCGUUUGGCCCGUUUCCGCGCUCACAUGUACGCGUUCGACACGGGAACAUGGCGCUAGUUUUACCCAUGAACUUACUGGUUAUGUCCGACAGGCCUUCCUCCUGCGGUCUUGUGGGAGAGCUCCUGGGAAAAGCGAUCGUGGCGCCACAUUUAGGCGGUAGACAGAAACGUGACCAGACGCAGAUUUCGCGCACAAAACCGGCGUCAACUCUGCAAGGGCCUUUCUGGAAUGUGCACGACGCGUUCGAUAACGCAAUGAGCAUAGCUUAGUUGGCGGUUCGGCCUUAUUGUCGCGCCUACAAUAUUUUGCCUAUAUGUUCCCGUCAAUUGCACGGAGACACUACUGUAGCGCC